AUGUCCUUUACAUCCAGAACAAAACAGGAAAACACCAACUCUGCGGGCUGUAUGCAUCUCACAGUCCCAAUCGGUACUUGUGCAGAUUUGUAUGCAGUGUCAGCGCUUCUACACGCAACGAGUGCCUUCUUCCGUCCCACUGGCUAUUUUCUAUUAUACAACAUUUGA